UAAAGAUAUACUUAUUGUAGAUGGCAUUGUCGGAGACAGCCGGAGGGGAGUCUUCAGCCCAUUUCUCAAGCUGAAUCCAAAUGACACUUCCUCCAACCAAAAGUCCCCCGAUGACCACAGAACUCCACUUAUAUUCGGAGGAUGCUGCACAAUGUGUGACACGGUYGUCCGACUGCAAUUGAUUGGUGCAAGAAGCGUCCUUCCCUCAACCAGAGCAUGACACUCUCAGCAGUGGACAGUUGGAAAAGGGCUUCGGAAAUGAACCCCUGUGGACAGCCGCAAGACUGGGUCAGUGGCAGGAGCACGGCUAGGUAAAGAAGCAGAGGUCUUCGUGUGAGGAGAGAAAGCAUACAACAAAAAAAGUGGGGGGCAAACGAUCGGAUCAGCAAAGACAUACAACCUCAAAUCAUGGGGAUACAGCAUCUUCUGCUUCUUUUGAUUUACUUGGACCCGCUGAAUGUACUGUGCGCGGCUACAGCCAACAAGAAGAAAAACGCUCCAAAGCGGAAUCAGAAGAUGAAGGARGUGAACGGCACGGAGGCGCCUACUGCGGUUCCGCGGCGAAACACUCAGGUCCAGGCACCUUCGAUCGCUACCCAUGACACGUGCCUGGGCUACUAUGACGUGAGCGGAGCGUACGAUAAAGUGUUCGAGUGCAACAACACCGAGCACCGCUACUGUUGUGGAAGUUGUUUCCUGCGCUAUUGCUGUGCAGAAAAAGGGAAACGCAUAGAACAGAAAACUUGCACAAAUUAUAACACCCCAGAUUGGAUCAAAACGCAGCCUCCCUCCCCGGCACCAACAGGUGACACUUACGACCCUGACUUGGAUCAGACUAACACAACGGUAUACAUMACCUGUGGUGUCAUAGCYUUUAUCAUACUCAUCGGAGUUUCUGCAAAAGUUGCCUAUGACAAGGCAACCAAGCCCCCUCAGGAAAUGAAUGUCCAUAGAGCCCUUGCAGACAUUUUGAGGCAACAAGGACUAAAUAAGGAGAAUGAAAAUAUUGCAGCGUUGGAGGGUUCACCCAAAGACAUAGACACACCUCUCCGAACGUCCAAGAACCAUUACACCCCAGUUCACACCAUGCUAGCAAACCACGGGCACUACGGGAAAGAGAACUUCCGCCAAGGCCAACUUGAUCAUAACUUCAUCUCCUCUGGAUUCGUGACACUGGGACGACCGCACCUAAAAGCGCAGCACUCUGUAGACGAUUUAGGGCAGCUGUCCUGGCAGGGAGAUCUGGACGUUCCUAAUAUCUCCUACAGUAUGUAACUCAUUCUCACUAUGGAGACCCCUGCUUCCUGCCGGAAAACAGCCACACACCUGCUUUCUG